AACAUCUUUUAUUUCCAAAAUCCUGCCACUAUUCUCAGUUAGGACAAUUUCAGCAAAAGUAAAAGUUGGCUAGAUAAAGUAGCAAACAUAAUUGGACCUACGAAGCCAAAUAUAAAUACCAAGGAACGACGACCUAUGGACAUAUUUAACGUGAUUGGGAAUCACGUGGCACGAGAUUGAAGACGCAAUUUCCCUGAGCUCAUUCCCUGGAAACCAAGGAGCUACUGGACAGGAGUGGACAGAGGACACUGGAUACCACUGCAAAAUCAGUCUAGAGGAGGAGCGAGGAACUAGACGGCCAAAAGUUCCACGUGGACACGAUACCUACGCCACGCACCACGUGUUAUAUAACGUGACCGAUCCGUUAUCUCGCCGGUGACCGGCCACGCGGCAUCCGCCCGCCUCCCGUCUACUUAGUGCAACACACGUGAGUACCUUCUCUUUUCACUUGCCACCAAAAUGUCUUUAGAGCCAUCUGCACCCAGGUCUAGUGCCAAGUCCCCCACACGAGGUGUUACAGACGAACUUACUGACAAACUAAUUCGCGAACUUGUUAGGAAACGUGGCAUAGUCAAAGGUAGACUCACUAGGUUUUCUAAUUAUCUAGCCAACGUGGCCAAGGGUAGUGUUUUAAAAGCGCAAGAUCGCAUUGAUUUAAAACUACGCAUUCAAGGGGCUACUAGCCUAUUUGCUGAGUUUAAUGAACUCCAAACUAAAUUAGAAGAAUCUGUUAAUGAGUGUGAUUUAAAUAGCCAGUUAGAUCAACGUGAACAGUUCGAGGAUUCUUACUACGGCACCAUUGCGCAGGCCGAGUUAAUUCUCAACAGUGGAGAGGUCACUAACAGUUCUCACAGUAGUAGCAAUAAAAACCUUCUUAAAUCAGUGCAAUUGCCCACCAUUUCUAUGCCCACCUUCGACGGCUCAUUCGAGCGUUGGUUAGAGUUCAGGGACACGUUCUCAUCACUCGUACACAACUCAACAGAUAUUACCAAUAUUCAGAAAUUCCAUUAUCUGAAAUCAUCACUGAAAGGAAGCGCUGCACUUAUCAUUGAUGCACUAGAGUUCUCUUCGGAUAAUUAUAAUGUCGCCUGGGAAUUGUUGUUAAACCGGUACAACAACAAUAGAUUGCUAGUUCAAAACCAUAUUAAAGCUUUGUUUAACUUAAAUCCAUUACCCAAAGAGUCAGCUGCUUUAAUUAGAACAUUAAUUGAUACAAUUCUAAAAAACUUAAGGGCACUUAAUAUGCUCGGUGAACCAACACAACAUUGGGACACUCUUGUCGUGUAUAUGAUUGUAUCAAAGCUGGAUAAAACGACUGAACGCGAGUGGGAGCAAUAUAAAGGCUCCUUACUUGCACAAAAGGAUUCGAAAAUACCCAUUAAGGUCGACGAUAUAAUUAAAUUCCUUGAAGAUCGGGCUGACAUGUUAGAAACAUUGCAUUUGUCGCACAGUAAAGAAAGUCUAGACCAUAAAAAACAAAGCGCACCUAAGACUUAUAAUUCUUCACACUGUAAUGUUUCUACCAACAAUAACAAACCGCAAGAUCGUAGUAAUUCGAUUACUUCGCGUCCUAAAAAACUAUGUCUCAUGUGUAAUGCGAAUCACCCAAUUUAUUCGUGUCAAAAGUUCCUCGACAUUAGUUUAGAUUCGAAGUUAAAACUUAUAGCCGAAAAUAAGUUAUGUCGUAAUUGUUUACGUUCAGGACACGCGGUAGACGAUUGCAGGUUUGGCCCCUGUAAGCGUUGCAAUAAGAAACAUAAUUCAAUAAUUCACGUUGACGACAGCCCGGCUAGUCAAUCAGUUGUUACUAUACACGCAGUUACUGAAAAAAGCGUACCGUUACGUUUUCAGGAAUCAGCUGAUCGCGUCAAUGACCCGAGUACCGUUACCUCUUUCACAACAUGCGCUGUCCCUUUCAGUGAUACUGAAACCAAUCAUUCAUCUCACUCGCAGAUUCAGGCACACAACGCACACACGCACACUCAGGCCGUAAAACCUGUUCUAGCGCAGCCUGUUCUACUAUCCACCGCACUAGUCGAAGUAGCUGAUGUCCAUGGCCGUUUACAUACCGCCCGCGCUCUUCUGGAUAGUGGAAGCCAGCGAUGCUUCAUAACUAAAUCAUUUUGCGAGUUGCUAGGCGCACAAUUAAUACAGUCCACUCAUGAAAUACGCGGUGUAGGUGAUUCUGUGACCCAAUGUACGCAAACUUGUGUCAUAGAUAUAAAAUCGCACGUAAAUACCUACACUAAAACUAUACAAUGUUAUGUACUACCAAAAAUAACAUCAACAAUGCCACCUGUAUGUGAAUUAAGCGCACAACAGUUCUGUAUUCCAGACCACAUACAGUUAGCAGACCCCACGUUCUUAGAUUCCAAACAAAUUGACAUUUUAAUAGGCGCGGAUCAAUUUUGGAAUUUAUUAUGCGAUGGUAAAAUUAGAUUACGUAAAGGACCAUAUUUACAAUCUACCAAGCUAGGCUGGAUCAUAUCCGGUCCGAUUCACAAUAAUAAUAAUAAUCAUAAUUCACGCGAUGAUACUAGGCGGGUUCAUUGUCAUUUCACGCAGACAAUUGAAACUCAACUUAGAAAGUUUUGGGAGAUCGAGGAAGCCUCCACUAUCUCCGACAAGCGCACGGACGAGGAGCGCGCCUGCGAGGAGCACUUCGUGCGCACCACCACGCGCGCCGCCGACGGCAGGUUCUGCGUGCGCAUCCCUCACAAACUGUCACCAGACACGCUAGGUGAAUCCUAUUCCCAGGCGGAGCGUCGCUUCUUAGCUUUAGAGCGGCGGCUGCAGCGUUCUGCUGAGUACAAACAGUUGUACAGUAAUUUCAUUCACGAAUACGAAGAUCUCGGGCACAUGAGCCGCGUGGAGGCGCCCGGCAGCCCGCACUACUUCCUGCCGCACCACGGCGUGCUGCGGCCCGGCAGCAGCUCCAGCCCGCUGCGCACCGUGUUCGACGGCAGCGCCGCCACCUCCACCGGCGUGUCGCUCAACGACAUACAGAUGGUAGGGCCUCCUAUACAGGGUGAUUUAAUCGAUAUCAUGCUUCGCUUUCGACAAUACCGCUAUGUUGCUUGCGCUGACAUUGCAAAAAUGUACCGGCAGUGCUUGGUAGCUGAAGACCAACGCGACUUGCAGCUUAUUCUCUGGCGCGAUGAACCGACACAACCCAUCAGCAUUUAUAAACUAAGAACCGUGACGUAUGGGUUGGCUUCCUCAGCUUUCCUCAGCGUAAGGUGCUUGAAGCAAUUAGCUGUCGAAAGUACUGAUCCGGACGUCCAGCGAGUAAUUAAUUGCGAUUUUUAUGUCGACGAUAUGGUCACGGGUUUAGACGACAAAAAUGAUUUGUUAAAGCUUUGUACAAAUGUUUCAAACACACUUCAGUCAGGCUGUUUUCCAUUACGCAAAUGGAUUUACAACUUUGUACCCGAUGAUAGCAGCUAUGAUCAGCAGUCGGACUAUAAAUCAUUCAAUGAUAAUAACAAUGAUAACCAUAGAACAUUGGGCAUAGGUUGGUCUCCCAUCAGUGAUGAAUUUCAUUUCAAUACCAAUUAUAAAAACAAUGAAAAUUCUAUUACAAAGCGCACUAUCUUAUCUAGCGUUUCUCAAAUUUUCGACCCGCUAGGUUUCCUCAGUCCAACAAUAAUGCAAGCUAAGGUUCUAUUGCAACGACUUUGGCUUCUAAAGAUAUCCUGGGACGAUGAACUACCUAAUGACGUCACGGUCGCGUCGCGCCGAUCAAGCCUGUCAGCAUCCCGCGACUAG